AUGGAGAACCUAAUAUUCAGAACAUUGGAUGACGAUAAGUCGAAGAAGAAGGACAAAAAGGACAAGAAGAAGAAGAACAAGGAUGGUACAGCGGCGGACUCUGAGUCUAGCGCGGCUGGGUCCGAAAGAAAUCCUUCAAUUGACAGCCGUGCCUCGCAAAGCACAAAUGAUACCGAGCCAUCAGAGGCGGAAGGAGAUGUCCCGGCGUACUCGGAAACAGCAGAGCUACCGGUCCCUCCACCUGCUUUUGUCGCUCCCAUGAUUCGCCAUCUCCAACCAAACGUUUUCCCAACUAUGGACCACUGUAUGGCCCAUCUAAAGCUCCUACAUGCUUUCAGCGCCAUGCGAGAUCAGAUCGAAAACACAGAUGGCAUCUUUUUUGCCACAGUCCCGGCAGUUGGUGAACCCAUAACCGAUGAUCUUCGCCUCAAGGAUAAAAGAUGGAGUAUCUUUGUUUCAAGGGCAGUAUAUCGCUUCACCGCCUGGUGGAACACAAUACCAGCCCAGAAGGCAGGCGCGACGUGGCACCGACUGAACACUGGAUACGAUUUCAAUCACGACAUGGAGUAUGCUACUAUUAGUGGUAGAUACAUGCCAUUUGACAUGACGAAUCUACCACCAUUGGACGUCCUGAUGGUUUGGCAUGCCUAUACCUUGAAUCCAAGGUGCUUCUUCCAAGAUUGCCUUCGCUACGGGAGGAUGGAUUUCUGGUUUACUGGAUUACCGUGGGUUGCAAUUAAUGAAUGCAUAGACUCGUAUACCUUCGAAUAUAAACUGGCGGAUUCAGCAGUUUACAAAUGGGAAGCCAAAACGAGGCUUCCAUUCAAUAACUUAGAUACGCCCAAUUAUAAAGGGCAAUGUGCGGGAUGCGGUAACGCAUUUGAGGCGCCCUGGAAUGCCCCAGACGAUACCGGGUUUGCAGACAAGGGCUUCAAGCUCAUUUGUCCAACUCUGAGCUGUGGUAAAGUCCACAAUAUGGACACUUUGUCCAAGGACAAGUUCACCAGAGAGGCGAAUGAACUCUAUUCUUCAAAUUACCCGAUGCCGGGGACAUUAUUGGAUCUUCAUGGUCUUCCAAAAUCUAUCACGGAACACGAAAAGGCGUGGGACAACUUUACGAUGCCCAAUAGACUACUAAAGGAGGUUAUUUUCAACGUUCGGACGGUGCCUCAAAAUAGCGGGGUUUCUGCUAUUAGAACAGUCCUUGAGACUGCGCUAAAGAGCAGCACCACCGUAACAAAAGCAUCAACUACAGAACGAAUAACCCAGGGAAAAUUACUCAAUGUCCACAAGUUGUCCAUUCGCCGCAUGAUGUCAGCCUAUUGGGACAACCCCUGGCCCCAGAGCAUAAACCUCAUCGGUGCCGUUCUGCGACAAGGGACUUUCGUAUCCAAGAUGGCAAACGACCUUAACUGGUAUCACUCACCGGCCUUAGGGAACACUGUAUCUCGAGCUUGCACCCGGUACAACCGAUUUAUUUCCCUAAUGAGAGCUCGGUCGCGGAAGAUACUGGUUCCGACUCUUGAUAUUGAUUUGGCAUGGCAUACCCAUCAAACGAUGCCCCACAACUACUACACCUACACCGUUGGCGCAACCGCAAGAUUUGUAGACCAUGACGAUAAAAUUGAUGAAUCGAAACUUUCCACCGCAUUUGAGUAUACCACCAAAGAAUACCAAAAGAUCUACAAGGAGGCAUACUCGGAGUGCGGGUGCUGGUAUUGUCAAGUUGUUCGCCAACAAACAGUUGGUUCGGUAAGCCGAAUAUUCUCGAAAAAGCCAAUAGAAUUCGACUGCGGUACCGAUGAGCCUCGCAAUCACCUCUCCACACACGGUGUCGUCAGAGUUGAGGAUAGAGCGAUGGAAAUGCAAAGAAAAAUACUGAAGGCCAAUUUGGAUAAGGCAUAUAAGAAACUUUGCGAGGAAAGAAAAAAGAAGGGGAAGAAGCCGCCAGCGCGGCCUGACUACUGGGGGUAUUACUAUGGACCUUACUAUCCAUAUGCAUACUACCCUUAUGGAGUACCAUACAUUCCUCCAUUUGGUAUGGACCCUUGUAUUGGUAGCGGCGUGUAUGGCUGCAACCCAGGGUGUGUAGCUACAGCUGCUGGCGCGUAUGGAAACUGCAUCGCAGGUGCCUGUGGAACUCAAGUAGCAAAUGGAGGCUGCGGAGGAGGAGGUUGUGGCAGUUGUGGUGGUGAUAGAGCGGCAUGUGGAGGGUCUAAUGGUGCAUGCGGUGGUCACGCUGGUGGUGGUUGCGGAAGUGGAGGAGACGGAGGAGGAGGCGGUGGAGAUGGUGGUGGUGGUGGAUGUGGUGGCGGCUGCGGUGGCGGCUGCGGAGGUUAA